AUCCGCUUCAUCCUGAUCCAGAACCGGGCCGGGAAGACCCGCCUGGCCAAGUGGUACAUGCAGUUCGACGACGAUGAGAAGCAGAAGCUCAUCGAGGAGGUCCACGCCGUGGUCACCGUCCGCGAUGCCAAACACACCAACUUCGUGGAGUUCCGGAACUUCAAGAUCAUUUACCGGCGCUACGCGGGGCUCUACUUCUGCAUCUGCGUGGACGUGACCGACAACAACCUGGCCUACCUGGAGGCCAUCCACAACUUCGUGGAGGUCCUCAAUGAGUACUUCCACAACGUCUGUGAGCUCGACCUGGUCUUCAACUUCUAUAAGGUCUACACGGUGGUGGAUGAGAUGUUCCUGGCGGGAGAGAUCCGGGAGACGAGUCAGACCAAGGUCCUGAAGCAGCUCCUGAUGCUGCAGUCACUGGAGUGAGCCGGGACCCCCCCCAUU